UCCAUGACACACUGCUCCACUCCACUCCACUCCUAAACCCUCCGUCGUCUCCUCCACCCCCGCGCCGCACCCAAACCUCCCACCUCCACAGCCAUGGCGCGCCGCCACCUCCGCCUCCCCCUCCUCUCCCGCAAUCCCCACGCGCCUGUCCCUCUCGCCCGCCGUGCUCUAUGCGCUUCCACCACCCUCGAGACCCCCGCCUCCGCCGUCGACACGCCGGAGGAACCCACUGAGGGGGCGACGCUGGCGCCGGCCCCCGCCCCGCCGAGCCGCGAGGAGCCCAUCCACGAGACGAUCCUGCACAUGAUCCGUCUCCGCCCGUGGACGACGCGCCUCGAGAACUCCGUCCGGCUGCUCUCGCCAACCCUCAGCGCCCCGCUCGUCCACGGCGUCAUCUCCGGCGCCGGCGCCACCGGACGCGCGGACCUCGCACUCCAGUUCUUCCGCUUCGCCUACCGACGCGCGGGGUUCCGCCCGGAGCCCGCCACAUUCGCGCUCCUCGUCCCGAUCCUCGCCUCCCGUCGCAUGCUCAACCACGCGCGCUGCCUCCUCCUCGACACCAUGCCGUCCUUCUCCAUCGCGCCCGACGAGGCCGCCCUCGCCGCCCUCAUCGCCGCCUACGGCAAGUCCGGCAUCCCCCAGGAGGCCGUCAAGCUGUUCCGGAUGAUGCCCGACCUCGGCAUACCCCGCACCGCACUCUCCUACAACGCUGUCCUCAAGGCCAUACUCUGCCGCGGCCGUGAGGCCAUGGCCAGGCGGAUCUACAACGCCAUGAUCGCGGAUGGCGUCGCCCCGGACGUGUCCACCUACAACACAUUAAUCUGGGGAUUCGGCCUGUGCAAGAAGAUGGAGGCCGCCGUUAUGGUGUUUAGGGACAUGAAGGGUCAUGGGGUCACACCUGAUGUGAUGACUUAUAACACCCUGCUCAAUGCUUGGGUGCGGGCAGGUGACCUGGAGAGUGCACGCAAGGUGUUUGACGAAAUGACAGGGGAGGGGAUUGAAAGGAACUCAGUCUCAUACAAUGUCAUGAUCAAGGGAUAUGUGGCAGCAGGAAAGGUGGAGCAGGCAGUGGGGUUGUUCACGGAGAUGGGCGAGAAGGGUGUGAGGUUGAGCGAGAAAACGUUUGCUGCGUUGAUGCCGGGACUUUGCGAUGAUGAGGGGAAGGUAGCGGAGGCCCGGAAAGCAGUGGAUGACAUGGCAGAGCGCCGGCUCACUCCAAAGGACAAGUCGGUGUUUUUCAGGCUUGUGAAGACGCUGUGCAAAGCUGGGGACUUGGAUGGGGCGUUGGAGGUGCACCGGAAGAGCGGGCAGUUCAAGCAUGUUCUGGUGGAUCCGAGGCAGUAUGGAGUGUUGAUGGAAGGCCUGUGUAAAGGUGGCAAGCCCGAUAGUGCUGUUGAGGUGCUAGAUGAGCUUAUGGAGAAGGGGACGCUGACGCUGCUGAGCCCAAAGAGUCCUGUGCUGGAAGCAUCGGCUUAUAACCCAGUGAUUGAGUAUUUGUGCAACAAUGGAAGCACUAGCAAGGCUGAGACAUUCUUCAGGCAGCUGAUGAAGAAAGGUGUGGAUGACAAGGCUGCAUUCAAUAGUCUUAUCUGUGGACAUGCAAAGGAAGGCGUUCCAGAGGCAGCACGGGAGAUUCUCGCCAUUAUGACACGCCGCGGUGUCCGAACUGACCCUGAAUCACAUGCACUGCUCGUUGAUAGCUUCCUGAAGAAGAACGAGCCAGCUGAUGCAAAGACAGCAUUGGACAGCAUGAUGGAGCAGGGUCACCUGCCGAGCCCAGCUCUGUUCAAGUCUGUCAUGGUGACCCUCUUCAAUGCUGGUCGGGUUCAGUCUGCAAGCAGGGUCAUGAAAAGCAUGAUCGAGAAGGGGGUUACAGAGAACAUGGACAUGGCACAUAAGAUCUUGGAAGCUCUCUUCGCAAGGGGCCAUGUGGAGGAGGCGAUCGGCCGUGUCAAUCUGAUGGUGGAAAAUGGAUGUAUGCCUGAUCUAGAUAAGAUGCUGGUCGGACUCUGUGAGAAUGACAGAGUGAUGGAGGCCCAGAAGCUGGCUGAUUUUGCGUUGGACAGGGACUUUGAUGUUAGCUUCUCGACCUAUGACAGAGUUCUGGAGGCCCUGUACACUGAGGAAAAGACAUUGCCUGCAUACUCCAUGCUUUGCAAGAUCAAGAACAAAGGAGGUGUUGUGGACCAGAAAGGCUGCGAUGCUUUGAUGGAGAGCUUAAAAUCUGAAGGGUACUCAAAGCAAGCAGAUAUAUUGUCUAGGAUCUUGAUGGAGAAUGCACCAUCAACGUCCAAGAGGGGCAAAAGGGUUGCCAUGGGUGCGUAGUGAGUUCUGCCAUCUCACAGUAACAAUCCAUCUUUUUUUUUACUUGAAGAAAGAUAUUACGCCUUUCUUUUCAUCAAUGCUUCUUGAGCUAUUGAUCUAGUGGGAUUUUUAUCCUAUGAGACAAGAAGCAGGUACAUUUACUUUCUCUUUGCAGAAUCCCUGAUUUAUUCUGUACCAUGUCUUAGUGAGGAAAACAUAUGCAAUAAUCGACAAAGAUGUACUUCCAGUUA